UACUGCCAUUUUUUGUGUGCAAAUCGUGUUGUGUUGAGUUUUUCAAUCUUUAUCAAUAAUAAUUAGAUAGCUUAUCAAUAUAUAUUACAUUCAUAAGAACGUUUGACUGAGUCGGAGAAAUCUUCGCUCCACGCUUUUGCUGAUAUCGCUUGGAACUUUACUUCUGUUUAUAUUAGCUGUGUUCGACUUCGCACGUACGGAUUGUGAUUUACAGUAUUUUUAGUGCUCAAAUAAUUGAACUAAUUAGUCUACUGGACUUUGGAUACAGUUCUUAUGAUGUCCGUGUUGAAUAACUUUAGUGUUUCGAUAUGUAGAGGUGUGAAACGGCUUCAAAGCACAGAGCUCGGUGAGCGGCUCGCCGAGCGGCUGGCGCGGCGUGGCAGCACUCGGUCGCAGGCGCAGGUUGAGCCCACGCCGCGGCUGAAAAUGGACAAGUGCCUCAUCGUGUCCAAGGUCACCAGAUAUGAGUAUGAGAAACACGCCCACGACGACAUAUCUGAUGGAGAACUAGAAAAGGUCCUCCGGAAGCGAGGGUCUGACUACGAGACCAUGUUAGACAACCACAGACAACAGAAGGCCUUCGAGCAGGGCGUCGCGCGGAGCCUCAAGUGCUUCGGCAUCAAGGUCGAGAUGGCUAGCAGGUUAACAUACAACGAAGACUUAAUAAAGUGGUGCGACGUGGUGGUUCCAUGUGGAGGUGAUGGUACCUUCCUUCUAGCUGCUUCUAGAGUCAGAGAUGCUAACAAACCGGUGAUAGGGUUCAACAGUUCCCCACACAAGUCCGUCGGCCGGCUGUGUCUACCUACAUGGUGCUCCAAUGACGUCAAGGGUGCUCUGCAGGCGCUGAGAGAGGGCAGGUUCAGAUGGAUGCGAAGGUCCAGGAUACGCACCACCAUCACCUGCGAGCACAAGCUCGUCGACACCAUCACCCCGGUUGAUCUGCACACCAUGCAUAUACCCAGGUACGUUCACAUGUCGCGUCCCGCCGACAGCCCGGAGGUCGCGCGGCCGCCGAGCGGCGUGCGCUGCGCCGACGAGCCGCUCACCACCAAAGUAUUACCCUUCCUGGCUCUCAAUGAAGUAUUCAUAGGAGAGAGCGUGACCUCUAGAGUAUCGAUGCUGCGUCUUCAGAUAGAUAACGGCCGAUGGACGCACACCAAGAGCUCAGGACUUUGUGUCACCACCGGCACUGGCAGCACCUCGUGGCAUUUCAGUAUUAACUGUCUGCGCACGCAUUCAGUGUUGGAGCUGAUGCGGAUCCUGGGUGAGGAGUUUGAUGUGAAGGUGGAUGCGUCACUGGAGAAGGCCCGACAGGUCGCUGAGAACUAUAAUCAGAAGCUCAUGUUUGCCGCAGACUCCCAGCACCUAGCGUACUCGGUGCGCGAGUACAUCACGUUCGAGGACUGGCCCACGCCGCGCGGCCUGCGCGUCCGCGACCGCGCGCGCUCCGUCGCCGUCAAGUCGCAUUGCAUCGACGCUGGGCUAGUGAUAGACGGUAGCGUAUCAUAUCCCUUCAACGACGGCUGCGAGGCUCAUCUAGAGAUACAUCCUGAAGACUCCCUGAUGACCGUGCAAAUGGAUGACGCGCUGCCCCACUGAUGAUUAUAGACGACGAAGGUGGUAAGUGAUGGUGAUGAUAACGGAUGGUGAUGAUAACUGAUGGUGAUGAUAACUAAUGAUGAUGAUAACUGAUGGUGAUAAGUGAUGAUGAAAAUGAAGGUUUUGGUGAUGAAGAUUUGUAUCUAUCAUUGAUAAUGGAAUGUAAGAAAUAACAACUACUGAUCUUGCUUCAGACGUUGCAAGAUGAAUUCACCGUUCGGAAGACAUGUUCAGCCGUUGGUCCCGGUUACUACUUACUGAUGUAAGGUAGUAAUCGUUACAUGAGCCAUGUCAGGGGGCUUUGGCGGCUCAGUAGUAACCCUGACAGGGUUGAUGAGGUUGGUUAUCCACCUCACAACCAAUAGAAGAAGAACAGUAAGUGAUAAAUACCGACGGUCCUUACGAUCCGAUACCGCUCAAGUUGUCAUGUAGCUUUAGUUUAAAAAAAAUGUAUUGAACGAGAUUAAUUGAAAAAGAUAUUUUAGCGUUUAUAAUCUUGAAUCUGUGAUGAUAUGGCGCUUAUAACGUAAUUAAUUAUUGAUUACAAAAUGUUAAAAGGCAUACAAGCAUCACGCCUGAAUCCCCGAAGGAGCAAAGGUGUAUAGUAUAUACACCCACUCCACGCCAGCUAUGUUUAAGCCCCAUGUAAUAGGAAGCGAGCUUUUGCCAUUAACCGGACACGAAUUCUGGAAACCACGUGAUAUCAAUUAUCUAUGACCUAAACAUGAAUUCAGUGUUUUAGAGCCCGAGAUAGGAUUCGAACCCGUGACAUGUUGAAAGGAUUAGAAAUUAUCUAGCAAUGUUGAUAUAGGAUAAGACUGAAUGCGUCAUUGUUAUUUUUAACUGCAAGUUUGUCAGAAUAAUAGAUAGGUACACAUUGGCCCCGAUUCCUGCAGACAUCUCUUAAUUUUAUUUUAAGUUAUACCUGUCAUUUUCUUAUCCGCCGAAAAGGAAAGGGACGGAUGAUUGACAGCUCUUAAUUUUAGGAAGAAUGAGUAAAUAAAUGAAUAACCCGGGCGAAUUUUUAGACGGUUGUUUUAGAUUUGUGCUUAAAAUUGACGUGUGUUCCAUAAAUUUUAUGCUUGUCGAUUACCCGUCCCUUUCCUUUUCGGCGGAUAAGAAAGUGACAGAUAUAACUUAAAAUAAAAUUAGAUGGUGUUUACAGGAAUUAGCACCAUUGUUUGUUGAAUAUUCCGAUAUAAUAACACUAUCGCGAAUGUUUAACUUCAUGCGAUCAUUUACCACAAAACACCACUUCGUAUUAAUUUAUUUAGAUUAUCAAUGAAAAAAGCAGCCAUGUCGUUCACGUUCCCGCCAAAAAACGCCUGUCAAAUUGCUUUUUUGUUUGCCCAUUCGGACAGGCAAAGGGAACUUAGCUCAUACAGCCUAGUCUAUGGUUGAAAUAUUGACCUGUAAUUUUUUGCCCUGUCAAAUUGCUUUAAGUAUUUAGGUACUUACGUUGUACUAUUUCUCCGUUAUCAAUAUU